AUGGUCGUCGCUGACGCCAUCACGCUGCUGCGCUCGCCAUUGCUCAAGUCAUCCUCCGCCGUCGUCGCUGUCGCCGGCCCGAGCGCCAGCGAGUCGCAAUGCACCGUGGCUCUUAUCAAAAACAUUGUUGGCACCGGUGUGCUGACGCUUCCUGCCGGCGUCGCGCGCCUCACCGACUCUGGAGCCACUCCCGCAGAGGCGAUCGCUCUCGCGGUGCCUCUCCUUCUCCUCUUCGGCGCCCUCAACGCGUGGGGCUUCCUUCUGAUCGGCCGUGUCUGCGUCGAGACCGAGCAACCAUCGUACGUCGGCGCCUGGACCUCCACCCUCGGCUCACGGCUCGCGGCCUUGCCCGCCGUCGCCUCGCUCCUGCUCUGCUCCACAGCAGCGAUCGCCUGCGCCACCGUCAUCGCGGACACCGGCACUGACCUGCUCGCCGCGCUGUUCGCGCUCCCGGCAGCGGACGUCUCGAGGGCGGCCGUCCUCUUCGGCUGCGCCGCCUCCGUCCUCACGCCGCUCUGCCUCCUCCCCUCCCUCGCACCCCUCGGCACGGCGUCUUACUUUGGAGUCGCCGGUGUCCUCGUCACCGCCCUCUGCAUGAUCGCCCGCCUCGCUGACGGGACGUACGAUGCCACCGACGCCGCCGCGCUAGCGGACGCCGGCGCCGCAGCAGCAGAGGCGGCAGGAGGAGGAGCAGGCGGCGGCGCCAUCGCCUACUUUGUCUCUCUCGUCUCGAAUGCUUUCCUCGCGCACUACAACGCUCCUUCCGUCCUCACGGCCCUGGCGCCGCAGCCGGCGGGGGAGGCCGCUAGGGCGGGGGCGCCGGAGGAGGAGGCUGCUCCCUCGUGGCUUGCGGUGCGGCUGCGGCGCGCCGCCGAGAUCAACGAGGAGUUCGCCGAGUACGCGCGCCGCCUGAGCCCUCCGCUGCUGCGCCAGGGCGAGUCCGGAGGCCAGCUGGCCGCCUAUCGGCGGGUCGUGCUGAGCGCGUUUGGUCUCUCUGCUGUGCUCUUCGUCGCAAUCGGUGCGGCGGGCUACCUCACGUUCGGCGCCGCCUCGGACGCGAACAUCCUCAACUCGUACGCCUCGGCGGACCCGCUUGCGGUGGUGGCGCGGCUCGGCGUCGGCGCGGCGGUGCUGUGCGAAUUUCCUCUGCUCGAGAGGCCCUUCCGCACGACCCUCGUCGAGAUGCUCAAGCUGCCCCCCGCCGCAGCAGCGAGGCCCGCGGUCGUCUGCUCCUCGGUCGCAGCGCUCUGCGGCGUCGCCGCCCUCGGCAUCGAUCUCGACACGAUCUCGGCGCUCGGAGGCGCCACGGGCGGCUCCCUCCUCAUCUACGUCGCCCCCGCGCUGAUGGCGCUGCGCAGCUUCCCCCGCGGAGAGACCGACGGCAUCCCGAAGAUCGGGCAGACGCCGGCCGGAGCGGUGCUCUACGUGUUUGAGUUUGUGUGA